AACCCAGGGAAGGCAGCGGCCCUCGAUCUGUCGAUGUGGGUUUACAAAACAAAUGAAGACUUGGUGGUUUAUCGGCUAAGGGACGGUAUUCACCGUAUGGAAUCGAUUUUCUUCGAGGGGACACCAAACCAGAUUCACCCACAAUACUCAAUGUAUCUCUCCUUUCCCAAUUUGCUGCUUUCCGCGGCGGACCCCGGUUUAUGCUCGAUCCCAUUCAACUACCCUACUCCUUCCUGCAAACUUCUAUAUAUACCUAUAUACUUCAUCAUCUCUUCACCUGAAUGCGUUUAUCUGUUAAAUUUACAGAACAGAAUAGAUUCUUAACCAUUUCAACCUCAUAUUUUGAGUAAUGGGCAUUGCAAUUAAUGCACGCAACUGGUGGACAGUGAGGAGGCAGGACAUGACCAUGGCUUCCACGCCUUUUCGUUUCACUACACCCAAUUCCUCUGCUCAACUCACAGCGAAGCAAUGCUCACACGAUGGAGUGAAAGCAGGGGCAAAGGCAGCCGCAAUUGCAUUUGUCGCAUCUGCAAUCCCCGUGUUGAUGGGAGCACGGGCCAUUCCCUGGGCAAGGGCGAAUCUCAACUAUGCAGCUCAGGCACAUAUCAUCUCUCUAGUCACUGGAGCAGCAUACUUUAUUGUAGCAGACAAGACUAUUUUGGCAUCUGCACGAAAAAACUCGUUUGAAGAAUUGGCAAGUCAUGGAGAACCCUCCUUCCGAAUGCUGGGAACAGUUGUGUAAAUGUAUAAAGUACAGACUGUAUUCAUGGGUUCUUGUUAGGGUAUACAAGUGAACUUUCAUGAAUGGCGGGAUAAUGCAUAGGAUUUCAGAAUGUGUAAAAAGAAUGAUUCCCAUUUCCAUCGAAAUAGGAGGACGAUGGAAAAAUUAUUCAAGACCAUUUGAGCCCACAUGGAAUAUGAGAUGCGCUUGAAGAACACUUGUAAUAUUUGACUGUGACCUUUUUUUUUUU